AUGUCACGAGCCCUCGACUGGCAGACCCCUGCAGCAGCGCAGUGCAUCGGCACAGGAGCGACCUGGCGAUGGCUCUUGUGGAACUUGGAGCUCUUCCACCACACACGGCUCAGGUGCGAUGGCAAGACAUACCAGCUCGCCAUGGACUCUGCAAGCAGCCAGCGAUGGAAAGUAGUCCAUAUGCUGAUGGAGACCAUGGCGAUUUCCAACCUUCAACUGAACAAGUUCCACUACACUUCGCUGGUGAAGGCCUGUCAAUCCUCCCUUCAUUGGCCGAGCGCCUUGCUGUUCCCACCUUCGGAUGUGGACGCACGAGCGGUGGACGCAACCUGGACGUCGGCGACCCUGACGGCGACCUGCGCGGGUGGAGGUCCUUGGAGGUGGGCGAGGGCAUGGUUUGACAGCGUGGGGCACAAGUGUGUGGAGCCGAAUGUCAUGAGCUAUGGCGCUGCUUUGCGUGCAUGCGAGAAAGGGCCUUGGGGACAGACCUUGCUGCUGAUGCGCCAGCAGAUGGACGCUCAUGUGAGCCCAACGGUUAUCUCCUUGGGUGCGGCCCUGGGUGCUGGGAAGUUCAACUGGGACAUGGCUUAUGAGCUUCUCACUCUUCUCACCAUCUACGAGCUGACACUUGGCCCAUGA